GUACAUAAACAGAUCGAUCGCCUUUGACCAUCGCAACCAUUAAAUCGGUAAGUUGGCUCUGUGUAUUAUAUUUAGACGUAUGCUCGUAACUUUAGAUUUUCUUGUAUGCAAGCUUAGUAUACAGUCUAGUUGAGUAUCAGCUAAUAAUCUGUCCAAAUUGGUUGUUUCUUCUUCUUAUACGAGCGACAUCUAUCCCGUUGUUCUUGGUUUGGGAGUUAUAAAGGACAGCCUCGGCUAAAUAUAACAACACCUCAUCGACGGCAAGACCUUAGACAAGACUCUAUUUAGAUGCUUCGAUGCUUCUAUCCUAUCCUAACUAAAAGCCCGUUACUUGAUGCUUUCAGUCAUAACAGUAUAUCCCACCGCUUGUUAGAGCUAAGAUUUAUUAGAACUCCUAUCCUCUUGACCAAAUCUCACAAGAGAUCAACAACUACCCAAGUUAACCAGACAUUAUACCUACCUAUACACUCCAUACAUACAUCCACUUGCCCACCAUGACAACACCCAACCCCAACCCCUUCCCCUUCCACAUAACCGAACACACCAUCCCCUCCCAACACAUCCGAGAAUUCCCCCGCGCGACAUCCAACUCCCAAGAAGACAUCCUCUACAUCAGCAUCAAGCAAUACACCCCCGUCGACAACCCCGCCCCCCAACCAGGCGACAUAACCAUCCUCGGCGCCCACGCCAACGGCUUCCCCAAGGAGCUCUACGAGCCGCUAUGGGCCGACCUGCACGCCCGCUCCAAGGCCCACGGCUUCCGCAUCCGCGGCGUCUGGAUCGCCGACGUGUCUAACCAGGGCUACAGCGGCCAGAUCAACGAAUCCGCCCUCGGCAACGACCCCUCCUGGCACGACCACGCCCGCGACCUGCUGCACCUAACCAACGUCUUCCGCGCCUCCAUGCCCCGCCCCAUCGUCGGCGUAGGCCACUCCUUCGGCGGCGCCGUACUAACCAAGCUCUCCCUGCUCCACCCGCGACUCCUCACGACCAUAGUCCUGCUCGACCCAACCGUCACAGAAUUCACAUUCCAGCGCUUCGGCCCCGGCAAAUCCGCCGCUCGCGCCUCCACCUUCCGCCGCGAGACCUGGCCCUCCCGCGCCGCCGCCGCCGAAUCCUUCCGGCGUAGCCCCUUCUACCAGACCUGGGACCCGCGGGUCCUCGACGCGUGGAUCGCGCACGCCGUACGCGAGACGCCUACGGCGUUAUUCCCCAACCCGGAGAAAGACGGCGGGGCAACGCUGCGCACGACGAAGCACCAGGAAGUAUUUACGUUUUUCCGGCCGCUGUGGCCGUACGUCGAUUCUAUUACCCGGGAAGUCGACCGCGACGGAGCCCCGGAUUUCGACCCGGAUGUGCAGCAUCAACUUAGGGAUCCGGCUAGCGUGUUCCCGUUCUACCGGUCCGAGGGAGGUAGCAUUCUCAAGCAUAUACCUGAGGUGCGGCCGUCUGUGCUCUGGGUCUUCGGUGGAGAUAGCGAGCUAGGCGCUCCCGAAGGCCGCAAGUUGAAGACGGAAACCUGUGGGACUGGAGGUGGGGGCAGCGGUGGUCUUAAGUUGGGACGGGUCGACCAGGUCGUCUUGGAGGGCCGUGGUCACUUAUUUCCGAUGGAGAUCCCGGACGAAUGCGCGAAACAUGCAGCGGCGUGGAUAGGAAAAGAGAUGGUGCGGUGGCGAGAGAAGGAGCGUGAGUACGAGGAGUGGGUCAAGCUGCCGGUGAAGGAGAAGACGACAUUAAGUGAGAAGUUCCUAGAUAAUGUCGGUCGUCCGCUGCCGAGGAAGAGUGCAUCUACAGCUGGUUCCGAGUCCAAGUUAUAGGAAUUAUAGGAAUACAGUUACCGUAAUGAAUCUAGAUUAUUGUCGAAUGUUUUGGCUAGGAGGAUUUAAGACGAAGGUACCUAUAUACCUUUAACAAGCAUUUAGUCGAUAGUAUUAGCUAUAGAUAUUGAGAAUUUCAUUAUUAAAGUUAUCACACAAGACUGGAAAGGUAGCAAAGUAGCA